GUGGCCGGAGCGUCUGAUGAGCCCAACGGUCCCGGGAAGCAGCGCUGCUUAUUUCAUAUUUUAUAGCGAUAAAGACGGAUAAAGCGCGGCAUUUUGAGGUCAGGGGGUACAAAAUGAAGACCGUAAAAUGUUUUCAAAUUAUUUCAGGUUAGCGUGCUGGCAACGUCAGGGGACUUUUGUUAUGAUUUGGCGUUAAUAUCGGCGAUGUUUACUGUGCAGCCUGAGAAGUUCCUCUGAAGGGUGGCCAAUAACUGGAGCCUCUCGAGCCUUCAACUGCCUAAAUAUUAGGCAGAAAAUAGGGAAAAAACACAAUAUAUUUCUUUCUUCUGGGUCGUGGGGUGGCGGCAAGCCAAUAAUUGACUCUGGAGCAGGACACGGAGGAUAGUAUGGCCAUGACGGGAGGGACUGCAGCUGCCCUUCCCAUGAGCAACCACACCCGAGAGAGGGUGACUGUGGCCAAGCUGACACUGGAAAAUUUCUACAGCACUCUGCUCACGCAGCACGAGGAGCGCGAGAUGAGGCAGAAGAAGCUGGAGAAGGCCAUGGAUGAAGAGGGUUUGCCAGAUGAGGAGAAAGUAAUGCGCCGCUCACAGCACGCCCGUAAGGAGACCGAGUUUUUGCGACUGAAGAGGACGCGGCUCGGCUUGGACGACUUUGAGUCCCUCAAAGUUAUUGGACGAGGUGCCUUUGGAGAGGUCCGUUUGGUGCAGAAAAAAGACACAGGUCACAUUUACGCCAUGAAGAUUUUGAGAAAAGCAGACAUGCUGGAGAAAGAACAGGUUGCCCACAUCCGGGCAGAGAGGGAUAUUCUGGUGGAGGCGGACGGCGCCUGGGUGGUCAAGAUGUUCUACAGCUUUCAGGACAAGAGGAACCUCUACCUCAUCAUGGAGUUCCUGCCUGGAGGUGACAUGAUGACCCUGCUGAUGAAGAAGGACACCCUGUCAGAAGAGGCCACCCAGUUCUACAUCGCAGAGACGGUUCUGGCCAUCGACUCCAUCCACCAGCUGGGCUUCAUCCACAGAGACAUCAAACCAGACAACCUGCUUCUGGACUCCAGGGGACACGUGAAACUGUCAGACUUCGGCCUGUGUACGGGACUGAAGAAGGCGCAUCGCACAGAAUUUUACAGGAACCUGACGCACAACCCGCCCAGUGAUUUCUCCUUUCAAAAUAUGAACUCCAAGAGGAAAGCAGAAACCUGGAAGAAGAACCGGAGGCAGCUGGCUUAUUCUACUGUGGGAACGCCAGACUACAUUGCUCCUGAAGUCUUCAUGCAGACGGGAUACAACAAGCUGUGUGACUGGUGGUCUCUGGGUGUCAUCAUGUACGAAAUGCUCAUCGGUUAUCCUCCGUUCUGCUCUGAGACACCGCAGGAGACGUACAGGAAGGUGAUGAACUGGAAGGAAACCCUUGUCUUCCCACCUGAAGUCCCCAUCUCAGAGAGGGCCAAAGACUUGAUAUUAAGGUAUUGCACUGAUCCUGAGAACAGGAUUGGAGCUGUGAGCGUGGAGGAGAUCAAGAGUCAUCAGUUUUUUGAGUCAGUGGACUGGGAGCACAUCAGGGAGCGGCCAGCAGCCAUCUCCAUUGAAAUCAAGAGCAUCGACGACACCUCAAACUUUGACGACUUCCCUGAAUCAGACAUCCUUCAGCCAGCCAGCGCAACAGAGCCGGACUUUAAAUCGAAGGACUGGGUGUUCCUCAACUACACAUACAAACGCUUUGAGGGUCUGACUCAGCGAGGCACCAUCCCCACAUACAUGAAGGCAGGGAAGGCCUGACACACCAACCAGGGAGACGGUGUUGUGUGGAGAAAACAGACGUUUACGGACACAGGGUCGGGCCGUGGAGCCCCCGCUGGUGCUGAAGGCUGCGCUUGUCAGCCUCUCAGUAUAAAUUUAACCCUCAUCAAAAGUUAUUUAGGUCUGCUCAGCCGCUGCAAGAACCGCCAAGAGCUCGGAAAUUAAGGAGCGUUACCGCAUUACCUCGGUUGUUUAUAUCGUAUACACGUGCCGUCUUUAGCCAUAGCUCUCAGGCCAGCUCACUAACUAGGACACUAAAUCAGCAUAUCUGCAUGUUCAGCGGCAUAUCGCUUCUGGAGAGGAUUUUUUUACUGCCUAAAAGCAACAGUGUGGAGUGAGGAUGGAAUACAAAUCACUGCAUCGACAUCUUCACAGCGGUAGUUUCUACACUGGCGGCUAAAUUAGCUCUGAUGCUAACAGAAUUUCUGUUACUGAAGACGAGCUCUAUACACUGUAGUCAAACUCUGAAAGAUUAGUGAGUUAAAGGUAGUCCUAACUUGUUCUCGCCCAUACUGUUAUACUCUGUUCAUGGACUUCAAAGGAACGUUCCAGCAUGGUUUCCAGGGUUUUGGCUCCCACUGGCAAAGAUGGCAUUUAAAAGCGAAAAGGGGGACAAAAUCUUACAUCUGUUGGCUCGAUUGGGUUGUUUGUAACAGGAAGUGGAGCCUGAACCCUCAAAAUCAGCUAUAUUAUAUACUAGAAUAUUCUUGUUAGCAAAAUGCUAGUGGAUCCCAAUGGAAGCUCAAUUAGCAUCAAAAUUGUUGCACUGUAUUGAUAUGCUUUAGGUUUAUAGACACAUUUUAAGCCAUGCUAGCAGUGUAGGUCUGGAGAUGGCAAUGUCAGUCCAUCACUUUGGCCCAGAAUGAAAUAUCUCAACAACUAUUGGAUGGAUUUCCAUGAAAUGUGUUCCCCUCAGUGUGAUUUGUAAUAACUUUCAUCGGGUCAGAAUAACAGUUUGUUCAGCACUUUGUUGUUUAAUGACCAAAUACCUCUAAAACUAAUGACAUUUCCAUCACCUGUACUUUGAGGUUAGGGCAAAUUAGCAGAUGUUACCAUGCUAACAUGCUAAAUAUGAUGGUGAACCUGGGUAACAUCAACAUGUUAACAUUGUCUGUGGAUGUCAGUAUGCUGACGUUAACUCAAAGCACAGCUGUGAACAAGUGCAGCCUCACAGAGCUGCUAGCAUGGCUGUAGACUGUCAGUCUUGUUGGGUUCUGUAGGACGUGUAACAAUACAUUUAUAUAAGAAAAAGCAACCAGAAUUCUUCCAAAAGUUUUUAUCAUUAUAAAACUGUUUUUGCCUCUUCUGCACAGUGAUGGAGGAGAGUGAAUCGAACGGGUCUAGUUGUUUUCAGUGACGGUUGUGGAGAGAAGGGGAUGGAAAAUCAAAAACAAAUGAGCGAAAAUUCAAAUCAUGCUGGAAUCCUCCUUGAACCCUGAUGGUGGUGAUACACAUUGUGACUUUGUGUCAGCUCCGUGGGGCAACUCUUCCUGUGGCGUUGCCUCAGGGGCUGUUGCUCUUUCUCACAGAGGAACAACAAGUUGUUGCCAGGAAACAUCUGAAUGCAGUUUACCCUGUGCUCGACAUCCGUUACUGUGGAGUGUUGCCCGUUCCCUUGUGCCAAACAAAGUGCAGAGUGUGUCACUUCCCUUUAGAGCCAGUUGUUUUGUUCAGAUUAGUGCUACAGUAAUUGAUAUUUCCCCUGGUUUUAAUUCUAAUGAGCCCGAGGGUCAGUCACUUCCCUCUUGGGUGGAAAAAACCUGCAAAGUGCCUUUUAAAUAGCUAAAAAACAAUAAUAACAAGAUACUUCUGAAAUGUUUUCUGAGAUUAAUCAGAAGGUAUUAAUUGCUAUUAGAAAUAAUAAUAAAGCUGUUUGAAGGAGAACAAUAACAACAGGGGAAAAGUGAAAGCGAAAGGGAAAAAUGAUAAGCUUUAGAAGUCAACUUGUAUCUCUUAAAGCCAAUGGAAAGCUCUGAUGUGUCAUUGAAUAUGUCUGCAGAGUCAUAAAACAUAAGUUCAGUGAUAAAGAUGAUUAAACAGAGUGAUGAAACAAAGGAAGUACAGAAAAUGACAGGUUUUUAUAGGUUACAUAAGAAAACAAUGGGCUCAUAAAAACAUCAAGGCAAACACAAUGGACAAAGGGUCUUUGUCAAGUAAAGAUGAAUGAAAAUAGGUAGAUACUUGGAAACAUGUAUGGUUUUUGUCUUAGAGGUUCUUAAAUGUUUUUUGUUAAGUAUCCAUUGGAUGUAUUUAAUGUUUCUUUUUUGUUUUUCUCAAAAAAAACCCCUAAACAUAAAAAGCUAACAGCGGGCCUGUCUUUCUUAACACAACAACCCAUUUAUCGUCUGCUCAGAGUUGUGACUAGACACAGCGCUAAAAAUAGUUACCAAAGAACUCUGAUCAUCACAUGUCGUGGUCUGAAUACAAAUUCAGAUGUAGCUGUCGCUUACUGCACUUAACUCAGAACUACCUUAAAAAACACCUUUCGAGAGAGCUAAACUUGGUUAUGAAAUAAUUUAAUUAAUUUUCAUUUCUAUUUCUACACGAGUCAGAAAAUGAGUGCGCAGAGACAGAUGUUUCUCAGUCGGCACGUCUGUUAAGUGUCAAAAUGCAAGAGAAGCUAUAAAUGUACAUACAGGGACAGGAGACGUACUGAGGACUGUAUCAUAUUGGACAGCUGUAGCCAUCACAGGAAUCCCUUAUUAAACUGUUUGUGAUGCUGUUUCUGUGGGAUUGAUAGAGAAAGUGGUCUUGUGGUUUGAUAAGUUGGAGGUUGGUUAUUAUAAUACACCUGUACCAGUCCCUCUUCUCAUAGUUAAUUUUUUUUGGUAGUCCUGUUAAAAUUGGCUAAGAACGCACUAUAAAGACCGCCUAAAAAGUAUAUAAAAAGUACAUAGUCUGUACAAAUUAGGGUUGACAAAUUAUUUUGUUGAAGGUGUUGAUAAAUGUGAUUUUGUGCUAAUAUUCACUUUAUUUCAAUUGGAUGAUUUUUAAUAUUUCCCUCAAAUUUAAAGGGGCACUCCAGCAAAUUAGUAUUGCACUUACAAAGAGACAGUUUUUAAAACAAAUGCUCAAAAUUGAUGCAGCAGAGGCUGAGAUAUCUUCCCUUUUUAGUCCCUAGUAUGGCUAAAGUUCUAAAAACAGUGAAUCCUACAUUUCCCAUAAUGCAGGUGGAGAGCAGCUUUCAUUAGACCCUGCCUGUCUUAUAAAUGCUUGUCUUUCAAGCUUGCCCUCUGUUUGUAACACAGGCUUGCUUUUUUUUUUUGGGGGGGGAUUCUUUUGAUGGCUACCGCUGCAGAUUCCCGGUUGUGUCUAAUCACUGGAACACACUGACACAACCUGGGAAAGGCCAAACUGCUGUAUUCACAGCGUCCUGUUUCCCAGCCAAACAGUUAAGAUUGUUCAUGGAAAAACUAGCGUGUGAGUGAGUGUGACUGUGUGAGAAGUGAGGUAUGAAGUAGAUACUCAGUGCUUUUUGUUGUGAGGUGAUGUGCGUUCAAUGUCAAACUCAUGUUCAUGUGUUGUAAGAAGUAGAAAUUAUUACAUUUUUUGUUUUCUUCUUAAGUAGAUGCACAGGAGAUGAAAAAAAGGAGGGUAAAUGCCGUAUUGGGGGAGCCAUACAAUUCUGUAUAUGUAUGAGAUGACUUGAAAACCAUUACUGUGCCACUUUAUCUGAAGGGAGCUAAAUUAUUGCGACUUCAUUUCUCCACGAGGUUGAAAAGAGUUCAGGAAAUCGUUUAUCGCGAGUUAAACUAGACAAUUCAUUUCUGAUGGACCAAACCAACUUACUGACUGACCCUGUGAGCUGUUGGUCAGAUCACUGUCACAUAAUGUUUCAUGACUGAUGUUUAAAGAGGUGUAUUUAUCCUUUUUAAAAAGCAAUUAACACAAACGUAAAAUAUAAAUCAGAUUAAAGGCCCACUCAAAUCCAGAAUCUACUUUAGAUGUAACUGGUCCUCGGAAACCUCAAAGCCCUGUGAUUAAGCUAGUAAUAUGUAAUCCCCCCCCCCUUGUAAAAGAAAGAAUUUAAGGUUUACCCCCCACCCCACCCCUCUCCUCCCCCUCCACGGACCAGGACUAUGUUGUGAGGUAUUUAUGUGUAAUGCUGUGUACAUAUUGUUGUAGACACUUGAAGGAAACUGUCUGUGGAGUGAAGGAGGAAAUGCUCAUUAAUAUAUUCAUUCACGUUGAUGAGUUUUUAUGUUGAUAAAAUGCACAAAAUAAUAAAAUUAAACACAACAA